AUGCUGCUGGGAGUCCUGGCGCAGCCCGCGCGCCGUUGGAGGCCGUUGUUGGUGCCCGGCGGCCGCAGGCGCCUCUGGGGGUGGCUGAACGCCGUGUUCAACAAGGUGGACCACGAGCGCAUCCGAGCCGUGGGGCCCGACAGGGCGGCCUCGGAGUGGCUGCUGCGCUGCGGCGCCCUGGUGCGCUACCAGGGCUACCAGAAGUGGCAGCAGGACUACAACGGGCUGCCCACGGGGCCCCUGGGCAAGUACAGGAUCGAGGCCAUCGACGCCACCGACUCCUGCAUCAUGUACAGGGGGUUUGACUACCUGGACGGCCUCGAACACGUUACAGAAAUCAAGCUGCAGAAGUGUAUGUACAUACAGGACGAGUGUCUGCAGAGGCUCAGUGACACUAAGAAUUUACAGAAGAGUCUCCUGCAGCUGCAGAUCAUUUCCUGUGGGAAUGUCACAGAUAAAGGCAUCAUUGCACUUCACAAGCUGACGAACCUUGAAUAUUUGUAUCUGAGUGACCUUCCUGGAAUAAGAAAGAAAGAAUCUACAGUUCAGACGCUUCAGCAGGCACUGCCAAACCUAGAGCUGGAACUGGAUUUAGAAUAAAAGCAAUUUCAUGUCAUUGA